AGAGUAUUUUCGAUUUAUCUAAAAUCUAUUAAUUACCGAUAUAAUACAGAAAUUUUUAUUGGUUAAUCUGUUGGGUCAUUCUUUAGGUGUUUGUAUUUUUCGGGUCACUGAUUUAGUUGUAUUCCUACGCGUUGUUAUAAAUUCAGUCAUCUUUUCGCGGUCUUUACAGUUCUUAGACACAUUUUGGUUGAUACAGAUCUUUUUUCGUCAGUCUGUUUAUCUAGUUACCAUAGGGUUUUACUGUGCCCGUCUUGUGCUAAAGAAGUUUUCAUUUGUUUGUGGAGCGGUCUACAUUUAUCACGAUGAGUUAGAAAGUUGCAGGGACCAGUUAUUUAUAUAUUGUUUUUGACUUGCUUCUUAUUAGGAAGGUAACUUUUUAUUUGUUUGAAUUGAACAAUGCCUCAGGAAAGGAAAUCAGAAAGGGUUAAAGAUAACCCAGACUAUAAAGCUUUGCAUGAGGGAAGAGAUGUUAUAACACCUACUACAGAUGUUACGAAAAUUUCAACCGCGUCCAAAUUAACUCUUACUCCCCCGCCAAAGAACCCGGAUAAAAGCGGUGAUUUUGAUUCAAUUGAACUUGAGAAAAAAGCUCUCAACGAUAAACUGAAAAGUUUGGCAACUGCUGAAAAGCGUUUGAAAGAACAGGAGGAGUUAUUUGCUUUACGCAGGCAAGUUCACGAACGGGAAUUAUACAUACAAUCUCUAGAAAAAUCCGUAUCGACGGUUGCAGGUGUUUCGGAUGUUUCCAAUUCGGAUAUGGGUAUUGUCGGCGGUGCUAGGCCAAAGACGAAA